AUGCCGCUGUCCUCCUCCUCCAGGAGGGACAGAGCCGCGGCUGACGCGGAGGCGGCGGAGCGGCAGCGGCCGACGCGGGAGCGGCUGGAGGCCACCGCGUCCGGGCUCGAGGAGCUGGAGUACCUGCGGCAGCGGCAGGAGGUGCUGGUCCGGGCCGCGCUGGACCUCCAGGAGGAGGAGGAGGAGGAGGAGGAGGAGGGGGAGGAGCGGAGGGAGGCUCAGCUGAGCUCCGAGGAGAAGCUCCUGGAGGAGAACAUCCUGCUGCUCAGGAAACAGCUGAACUGUCUGCGGAGGAGAGACGCUGGACUCAUCAGUCAGCUACAGGAGCUGGACCGGCAGAUCAGUGACCUGCGAUUGGACAGCGAGGCGUCACAUGACCAGCUGGAGACGGACAGCCGACCCAGUUCAGGUUUCUAUGAGUUGAGUGACGGGGCGUCUGUCUCUCUCUCCAACUCGUCAAACUCCGUCUUCAGUGAGUGUUUCUGUUCGAUGGCUGAAGCUGAGGGGCGUCUUCUGUCUGCAGAUGAGCUGGCCAGCUGUUUGGACUGUGACGGUUUGGUCGGAGGACUCUGUGACGACUCGUCUUUCUCUGGAACGGUCCGCCGCUCGCUGUCGGCUCCUCACCCGGCCUCCCUGGACCCGGUCUCCUCAGUGGACUCCCAGUCUAAGUACCACUGUGACCUAGUGGCCCGAAACGGCAACGAUGUGUACCGCUACCCGAGCCCGCUGCACGCCGUGGCGGUCCAGAGCCCCAUCUUCCUGCAGAUGGCGGGUCACGGAGGUCCCAAACCAGAACCUCCUUCUGCUUCUGAUUCAGCUCCUCUUGUAUCUCAGAGCUCCUCUUGGCCGGCCUCCUCUUCCUCCUCUCAAACGCCCUCCUAUAAGCGACUUGACAGCUACAUCUACAGUCUGCUGCAGCGGAGGGUCCUGCCCGUCAGGACCAGCAGACCCAGGACCAGCAUCAGCGCUGACCCGUCAAAGAGCAUCCUGAGGCAAGCCAGUCUCUGUAUGAGGCAGUUGUCUGGGUCUGGUUUCGGGACUCUGAGGGGGUCUGACUUCAAACCCUCUGGGCCGACCAGAGGAGCAUCAGCAGGAGGUGUCUCCACCUCGUCUCCUCAGAGGCAGUGGACUGUGGACGGUCAAUCUGAGGAGACCCAGAAGGUUUUCCCUGACGGCAGCGUUGACUCGAUGCAAAAUGGCUUCAAGAUAAACGACAGUGACUCGGCACAAAACCAGAACACCUGUCCUUCUGUCCCAAACAAGGACAAGGAUCCGAGCGCCAACAGUCUGCUUCCGCCCCCCUCAGCAGCGUCCUCAGCUGCUCUGCCUCAGGACUUCAGGGAGCUGGGUAUUCCCAAAACUAACUCCUCCCCCAAAGACACCAAGCAGCCAUGUGACUGUCCCGACCCGGACCUGCUCCUCAAACCACCACCCGGUAUCAAAACAGAUACUCCCAAGAACAGCCCAAAGCCUCCACACACUGUCCAGACAGAGAACGGCGAUAGGUCAGGGCCGGAGGUAGCCAGUCGAGGAUCCUCCUCCCAGAGUCAGGAUGAAGCAGGAGGAGGAGGAGGAGGAGGGAGUCACAUGGUUAACACUAAGUGCAUUCCUGCCCAGCGGCAGAACGUCAAACUCCGCAAGGGUGCCAGCAAGAAUAUGAAGACGGUCAAGGUGAAGACCACCACGACGACGAGGACGAGUCGUUGUGUUCAGAGUCGGGCCUCUGAACACAACGAGCCUUCGUCAGAGAGAAGAGGGGACAAAUCCCACCAAAGGUCCGGAUCUAAAAAGUCCCGGCUGUUGGAAGACGGAGGCUCCGUCAAUGUUAAAGUCUCCAAGAGAGCAGCUGCUCACGGAGCCUCCGCCUCCAGGGUCAGACGCCUUCCUGCGUCCAUCCCUGAGGGCCGAGUUCUGGACAGACACACCACAUCAACACUAAGCAGUGUGCAUUCGGGGGCAUCCAGGCACCAUCACCAUGGAAACCACCACGGUCACCAUGGACGCGACCAGGUCGUGGUCGUUGCCAAACCGAAGUACAAACGGAGUGAUUACCGCCGGUUGCGUGCGAUCACGGAGGUACCGUCUGAUGAGGCGUUCAGGCGCACUCAGCGACGGCAGAGAAAGGAGCUGUUGGGCCAUCCUGCAGCCAAUGUGUCCCCCCCCGCCCAGCAGGUGAGCAGCCCGUACUCCUACGUGGCAGGAAGUGACUCUGAGUAUUCGGCCGAGUGUGCGUCUCUCUUUCACUCCACCAUCGUGGACACCAGUGAGGACGACCGGUCCAACUACACCACCAACUGCUUUGGAGACAGUGAAUCUGGUGAGGAGGAGUACGUGGAGGAGAGCACCACCACCAGUGACACGGAGGAGAGCGGAGGCGGGGCUGGCGGUGGGACAGGUGGGAUGGCGGGGCGUAGCCAGUCAGGGGCCACGGGGCAGGAAAUGACCCCGGCUCAGGCCAAGGCCUUCGUUAAGAUCAAGGCCUCUCACAACCUGAAGAAGAAGAUCCUCCGGUUCAGGUCCGGUUCUCUCAAACUCAUGACCACCGUGUGAGGACGGACUCGUGGACCUGAACCCGACCUGAUGGAGCAGCAGACAGCAAUGUCUUCGGCCCGAGAGCCAAACCCAUCAUCCAUAGCAUAAAAGCAUGUGUGACGUUUUUCUUAAUUCACUAUCUGCUUUAUAUUCUGUUCAUCUGUGUAGUUUUCAGUCUGGAGGUAAAACUGUUCACCAGUAGAGUCCAUCAGAGUGCACCAGUAUCCUGCUGGUCAUGAGGAGGUCCGUCUCCGUCAUGAUGCUGAAGAGAGUGAACAGGGAGGAACUAUAUUUAUACUGACAUUAACUUUACAACACUUCCUGUUUCUGAAUGUACCUUCAUGUGGACCAUGUUGGGUUCAGGUGGUUUAUCGUUCCUCAGCACAUUAUGCCAAAAAGCCUGAAUUCAUAAGUUCCUGUUUUACAAAUUACACCUAAAGAAGUUUGCAAACUUUUAAAAAGACCUCUUAACAUUUUUUGAAUGUCAUGAACCUGUUUUUUGUUCAAACUGUAUCUUUGUGCAAGUUUUUGGUUCUGACAAGCAGCUGAUGAAGAAGAUGGAGCAUUAGAUGCUUUUGGGUUUAGCCAAUCAGAUUGGCUUCCUUCCCUUCCCGCCUUCUCUCCUGCUCAGCCAGCGAACACCUGGCUCACCUGAGAAGAAACCAAAGUCUCAGUGUGCUUCAAUCUGAGUGGUCGUCUUUAUAUCAGCCGCCACAGUCUCCUAGAUACCAGCGUCCUAUCACAUCGUAGAAACACUGAUUUAUGGGUAAUCCAUUGAGGCCAUGGACCAUACAAACGGCGAAAGAGAGCAUCGAAGCCUUCUGAGGUCUUCAGUGUGUCUCUGGUCGACGUGUUGCUGAUGUCAGGUUCUUCAGAAAGUAAUUUGGACAGAACUUCAGGUGGUUCGUCUCUUAAGACAUGUCUUAAUGUCCAGAAGGUUCUGAGGGAGGUUGUCUAGAAGGUUCUCCACAUGUUACUGCGUUGUGUUCAGGGUUGAGGUUGUCUGUUGCUCAUUCAUCUCCUUGUCCCCUGAACUGUAGGACUUUGUGUUUCUCUGUUUCUCUCUUAUUGAUUGUAUUUAUUAUCACCAACACGCCAAACGUCUGUAAACGCUUUUCUUUGUCUCACUCAGUCCUGGUUUACCGUGUUAUGUUUGGAUGAAAGCUAUUUAAAACCUAAUAUAUUUGCUUGGUACUUAUUGGACCCACACAUGGUUCUGAAUGACAGCUGGCUCAUUACAUUUACACGCUCAGACCAACGUUUGUUGAGGAUCUAAUCAUCACUGUUGAGAUGUUCGUGCUGCUCUCAGAUCAGUUCUCAGAUGUGUUAGCUUAGCUUAGCACAAAGACUGGAAGCAGAGGGAAACCGUUAGCAUAGCUCCAUCAAAAUAGAAGAAAAUCUUCCUUCCAACAAUUAAAACUGUCUAAUUUACAUGUUUGCUUAUUAAACAGGUUUCAAAAUGUAAAUGUCAAUAGGAGACAGUUAGCAUAGAAGCUCUUUGUUAAAAUCUGUUGACUAGUUUCAUCUGACUGUUUUCAGUUCCCCCGGUGUUCUCUAUCUGUGAGCAAACAUGUUAGCUCUCUAGCUAACAAAAGUUUGCUGAUUAGCAUCUGAAGCAGAGGGGAAGUCAAUUUAAAUAUUUUUGAAAAGACAGAAUCAAUUGUUUACAUAAUUAGGGAUGAUGUAUUUUUGUAGGCCAACAGGAAGUUAGCAUCGCACUGGUACCCGCUAACGUUAGGCUACAAACCAACGACACCAUGGUCACAUGACUUCAUCGUCAACACACGCUGUCCUCUAGGCGUGACCUGAGCUAGCUAGAGGUCCUAGCCUUUCUAACAUCCUUUUAUCAAAGACGACCAAAAAAGUGAUGAUGGUACUGAAAAACAAAGUCCGGACGUGAAGCGGUUCAGCCCAGACCCGGUCUGCUCACCGCUACUGUCUGUUUAUUGGUAUAAUAGAUUUAUAACAAUACUGUUUGAUUAAAAUACUAUUGGGAAAUACUAAUAAAUGUACAGGUUGGAUUUUCAGUAUUGUUGUGUUCUGAUAUCUAAGCUAGCAGUUUCCACCCGUUUCCUGUCUUUGUGCUAAGCUAGGCUAAACACACAGAGAUGAAGCUAAAAUCCAUCUUCUCAUCUGACUGAAGGUAAAGAAUGAGUUCUACCUUUAACAUGUUUACAGUCGUGGUUCUGGGCUUGUUUACUCCAGAACCUUCCGUCUGUCCUUCUGUUGAGAGCGUUCUAAAGGUUCUGAUGACUUUAUAUUUAAAACCUUUAACCAAAAGCCUCCUGUAAAGGAUCAUAUAUGCGACUGAAUGACUGUUACUGAUACGGUGCUGAACCUUUGUA